AUGGCAUAAGGCUUAUGCAGGUAUUAUUUUCUAACAGCAUGUCUAUUUCUGUUUCUGGCUAUAUUUUGCGCCAAUUUCUAAAACUAAUAUAAAGACGCCGUCUGUGUCCCUUCCAAAACUGCUGCUUCUAUAGCUAGCACUGGUACUUAAACAACAGCUGCAAAUACAACUAGUGGAUCAAAUAGCACAAUAAACUAACUAGUUACAUAAGUACUUGAUCUCCAAUUAACAAAGAUCCCUAGCGUACUAAUCGGAUUUUAUGCUACUUUAGUAGCUCUGAAUAGUAUCAUAUUCUUGAUUCUAUUGUAUUUCAGCAAAUUUUUACCAAGAGAUUUUGCGAAAAUGGGGAGGAUACUAAAUUGCAUAGGGGCAUUGCUUAAGAUUUUUCCAAAGCUUAUGAUACUGCUACAUUACAUCAUUUGCAUUCUAAUUUUAGUGAUCAUAGGGUAAGUAGGAAAUGGAAGUUGUAAGAACUCAUAUACAAUUGAUUCUGAUGGACUGCCUAAAGAAACUAAAAUGCAAAGUGAUGGAGUAAUUUUGGUAUUGAUUCUAAGUUCUCUUUGGAUUUUAAUGCAUUUCGGGGGUUCUAUUGUAAGAUCCAUGAUUUACAUUGAUCCAUUUUUGGCUGACCCGUAUGAUCCAACAGCAAAUAGAUUUUAUAGAUUAAUUUGUUAGACUUUUGGCCCUUGA